AUGGUCCAUCUCGUUACUUCCGAUAAUGUGGAGUUCGUAGUCGACAAGGAGGUUGUUGAGCGCAGUGUUCUCAUCAAGAACAUGCUUGAAGAUGUUGGAGAGUCCGAUCAAUCCAUACCUCUGGCCAACGUUUCGUCGGCGGUACUGAGGAAGGUCAUAGAGUACUGUGAACACCAUAGGGGCGAACCCUUGCCUAGCGCAGACGCCGACCAGAAUCAGGAUGAGACCCGCAAGCGGACAACCGAUAUCAGCGAAUGGGACCAGAAGUUCAUAACUGUUGACCAAGAGAUGUUGUUCGAAAUCAUCCUCGCUGCAAAUUAUCUCGAUAUCAAGUCGCUGCUCGAUGUUGGAUGCAAAACGGUUGCCAACAUGAUCAAGGGAAAGACCCCUGAUGAAAUCCGUCGUCUCUUUAACAUCGUCAAUGACUUCACUCCAGAGGAAGAGGCGCAAAUCAAAAAAGAGAACGAAUGGGCAGAAGAUCGAUGA